CACCAGCUCAGAGCUUGCCUAUAUAAAGGCGAGGGAUAUCCAACAGAACUAAACUGAGUAAAGACUUGAGAGUAUUGUCGAAUUCGGUUCCUCCGCAAGCACAUCUUCUCCUACGGUUUUGCUCACUCACCCGGCACUAAGCAAAACAAGUAAUAUAAAGAUCUGCGGAAUUCCACAUACCUGCACAUUGCGACACAAUAUACCAAGAACAACUCAUCAUCAAAAUGAUAGCCAGGCCCUUGCCGUCACGGCUGAUGGGAUGUCUCGUCUUCUUGGCCGCGCUUUCCCUUUCCUUUGGGGCCGCCCAUGCAGCAGAGAGAAUUUUGAGCCGCCAUACUCGGGCUAUGAUGAUCGACAUGAGAGGCUUUCCGGAUACGGAGCCGUUUGUAUGCAAAGGUGCGGGUUUCCAACGUAACGAAACCGAUUGCACUCAGUUCUUCAGGUGCGUCGACUUUAACAACAACGGGAAACAUACCAUUUUCCGCUUUAUGUGCGGACCGAUGGCUGUUUUCGAUGAGAGCCGGUCUCUGUGUACUGGCCCUGAGCUGUCAGUGCCGCCGUGUCCUAAGGAUCAGCUGGAUGCUUUCUUUGUUAGCAUGAAACCAAUGGCUCCGGGUCCUUCACCGCCUUCACCACCUUCACCACCUUCACCACCUUCACCUCCUUCACCUCCUUCACCUACUCCUUCACCUACUCCUUCACCUACUCCUUCACCUACUACUCCAACAACAACUACUCCAACAACAACUACUCCAACAACAACUACUCCAACAACAACUACUCCAACACCUACUACUCCAACAACUACAGCCGUUACUGAACUUUCCUCGCCUGAUCCUGUUCCUGUAUCUUCAACUGAAGCACCUGUAAUAACACAGCCUCCCGUAACUGUUCCAGCGACACCAGCGGCGACUCCUGCACCUACACCAGCAUCGACUGCGGCACCUGUCACAGUGCCUGCUACUGCAGCACCUCCCGUAAUAGUGACGGAAACAUCAACCGCAACUUCAGCUCCUGUCAUCAUAACAGAUCCCACUGUUACUAUUCUAGCGUCUUCCACAACUCCUCCACCAGUUACAAUUCCUGCCACACAGCCGACACCAUCCAGCACUCUGGAGCCCGUCACAGUGCCAACUGUGGCACCUGUUCCAGAGCAAACUGUACCUCCUGUCACCAUUCCAGUACCAGCUACAACACCAGAAAUUAUUACAACAACCACGACACCAGCCACUACUACUGUAACGGAGCCUUCUACUACUCCGGCAACCGUCUCAGUGCCCGUGGGGCCACUUACCCCGACGCCGGCACCUACCACAACACCAGUAAUUGAGGUUGAUACAACCACGAUUGCUGCACCAGUUGUAACAACGGAGCCUCCAACACCAAGUACAACCACUCCAUCAACUUCAACGCUCGAAAUUAACACUGGAUCGGAGAUUUUACCUGAAGUAAUUUCAACUGUUGCACCUGUUCCAGUCAGUACAGACGCUCCUACAACAACGACAACUGAAGCAGUAUCGGAAACCCCGGUUACUCCGACUACUCCACCUACACCACCAACUGUAACUCUUCCACCGGUUACAGUAACAACCUCUGGUACAACAACAACUCCUGCACCAGCCAUAACAAUUGGAGACGAUAUCAAAGGCUUCAUCUCUAUCGGCGAAAAAGAAAUCAUCCAGAAUGUCCAACAGGUGAUUUCUACGAUUACUGUCAAUCCUGGCGUGACAUGGGCAGUGACCAGCCAGGGCGAGGGCUCCAGAAUUAUUUUGAAGGAAGACGGCACUGGUGAGACGACGUUCUCGGUUAUUCCACCUGGCUCGAUUCUCAUUAUUAACACCACUCGAACUGGAGGAGUAUGGAACAACGUUGCCAACGGUAUUUUCACGACCAAUUCGACCACUACAUCCUUCCCACCUGGAACGACAUUUUCUAUUGUCAAGAUUGGGGCUACUGGUCAGAUCAUCAGCACCCAAACCAUUCUUACCACUACAUCUACCAGCACUUUAACAGUACCAACCAACAGCUUUGUCGGAUCGAUUCAAUUUGUCAACCAAAAAGUUGUCACCAUUGGAGGAUGGACAUUUUCCACGACCUAUUUCACGACCGGUACAACCAUCAGCUCUUUCGGAGUCCUCCAGCCUUCCACCACGACAACAUCAACCAGCUCUCAAACAACAAUCACAACUACGUCGACAACCAUCACGGGAGACCAACAAUUCAUCUCGGGAAUCAUUACCGUAGGAGCUCAAAGUGAUCCUUCUCCAUCUACGAAGGAUCUUUCUAUUCCUGGCGGAGAUUUGCUCGCCAUUGUUCCUCAGGGUGGCCAAGGAAUCGUCACCUUGAUUGAAGAGGGAUCAACUUUAGAUACUGAUUUCCCCGUUACACCCGGAUCCUUCCUUGCCGUCCUCGCUCCGAGCAACGGAGUUGGUAUUGUUACCAAUGUCGUCCAAUCCAUGUUUACUUCCAACAUGACAACGAUUACUUUCCCAGCUGGCAGCACUGUAUCAAUUCUGAAAGUCGGAAUCGACGGCCAAUUGAUCCGAGUCUCAUUCGUCCAAAUUAAUACUUCUUUCACCUUGUUCACUACAUCGCAGAGUAUCGUCGGUAUUGUCCAGACUACCCAAACUGGAGUCAUCAGUAAUAUUGGAACAGGAACUUUCAGUACUCAACUUCUCGCCGGAUCAGCGAAACCCAUUUAUUUCGGCGUUGUCAAUGUCAACCCAAUCAUCUCAACGACUACCCAAGUUGAAUCCUUGUCGGGCAUUAUUCAGAUCGGAGAUUCCACCUUCUUGAACCCACAACAGUCGACCACAACCGUCCAAACUAUUCAAAUUCUCCCUGGCACAACAAUCGCCAUUCUUGUUUCAGGCGAAGUCAAAAUCACGGAGGAAGAUGGCACUUCCAUCAAGCAGACGGCUGUUUCCAUUCCGUCGGGCGGAAUUUUAGGAUUCGUCACGUUGAAGAGUGGCGGAGAAAUUAGCGGAAUUUCCAACGGUUAUUUCACCACCACCUCCACUCAGAUUAUUUUCCCAUCGGGCACCAGAUUCGGCAUCGUGAUUAUUAGAGCCGAUGGCACGAUGAGUCUUCAGAACCCGAUCGAUUCCACCGUCAAAACUACCAUCACGGUCCCAGUUGGCAGCGUUUUUGGCGUCUUGACUCUUUCCAGUAACGGCGUAGUAACCGGAAUCGGCUCUGCUCUGUUCUCCACUCAAUACUUGCUGCUGGGCGAUUCCACCGGUCCUGAAAUUCCCGCCACAUUGGGCAAUUUUGGCGUCGUAUAUUUUAGCGAACAAUUCACGCUGUCUCAAUCGACCGUCAUCAAUUCAGCCCCAGUUUUGCAGAAACUCGAAACUAUUUCUGCAAUCGUCCAAAUCGGUGUCAAGGAUCGUUUUGACUCCAUUACUUCAUUGUCGGUCCCAACUGGCAGCUCAUUUUCAAUUAUACCCAGUACAGGACAAGGCGUCGUGACGGUGAUUGAGGGAGGAGCUACUUCUACUUUCUCUGUCCUGCCCGGUCAGCUGUUUGUCGUUUUUAACGUUCAAGAUGCUACGGUGACAAACAUUGGCGAUCGAUUUUUCACUACCACCACGACGACAAUCAAUUUCGGAACAGGAAGUCAAUAUGGAAUCAUCAAAAUUGGUUUGGAGGGACAAAUUAUUUUAACGGAAUUCUCUAGAAUUGCCCAGAGCGGUAUUACUAUAACAGUCACCACAGGAAGCACAGUUGGAACCCUCGAGCAAACAACCGACAACCGAAACAUUAUCACAAGCAUCGGAGGAGCUCCUUUUGUAAUUAAAAUCAUGACCAACGUCAGUCCCCUUACAGCAACAGAUUUGACCGCACGCGCAGGUGUUCUUGAUAUUGGAAGCUUCACAACAGUUCCUGCAUCACCUCCCAUCGCCCCAGAGACAACUACUUCCAUCAUUACGACGUUGGCGCCAGUUACAGGCACUGUAAUUACAUCCGCACCAGUAACAUCCGCUCCCGGGGUAGUAACCAACCCUCCAAGCCCAUCAACAGAAACAACUCCAGCUAGUACAAUCUCGACUGAGCAGCCUGAAGUUGCUGUUGAAGAUAUCAAAGGUUUCUUGACGAUUGGCGAAAAGGAAAUUAUUCAAAACACCCAACAGGUUACUCCUUCCAUCGCUGUACCUUCUGGCAGCACCUGGGGAGUAGUAAGCCAAGGAAGUGGCUCUCAGAUUGUCAUCAAACAAGGAGACUCUAGCGAAACGACCCACUCGAUUCCACCUGGCUCAGUUCUCGUGAUUAGCACCACCGAAAAUGGCGGAGUAUGGAACAACGUUGCCAAUGGACUUUUCACGACGAGCUCGACCACUACAUCUUUCCCACCUGGAACGAAAUUCUCCAUUGUUAAGAUCGGAGCUACUGGUCAGAUCAUCAGCACUCAAACCAUUCUUACCACUACAUCUACCUGCUCUUUAACUGUACCAACCAACAGCUUUGUCGGAUCGGUUCAAUUUGUCAACCAAAAGGUUGUCACCAUUGGCGGAUGGAUUUUUAUGACGACUUAUUUCACGACCGGUACAACCACCAGCUCUUUUGGAGUCCUCCAGCCUUCCACCACGACAACAUCGACCAGCUCCCAAACAAUCAUCACAACGACUUCGACAACCAUCACUGGCGAUCAGCAAUUCGUUUCGGGAAUCAUCACCGUGGGAGCACCAACUGAGCCAUCCCAGCCGGCCCAGGAUUUGACUGUACCAAGCAACAACCUUUUGGCUAUCAUUCCCGAAGGCGGAAAAGGAACUGUCACGGUCGUUGGGGAAAAUAGCCAAGAAUUCUCCAUCACCCCAGGAACCUUCUUUGGCGUUCUCACUCCUAGUAAUGGAGUUGGCACAAUCACAAAUCUGGCACAGCCCAUGUUUACAACGGCAACAACUUCCAUGACGUUCCCUGCUGGUAGCAGCGUUGCAGUCUACAAAGUUGGAAUUGAUGGGAAGAUUGUAAGAAUUUCCGUCUUCGAAUUCACAACUACAUUCACCAUCAUAACCAGUUUGCGUAGCACCGUUGGUAUAGUCCAAACGACCAACACGGGACUACUAUCGAACAUUGGAACCGGAAGCUUCAGCACGCAAACGCUCACCGGAUCGACGGCUUCCGUUAUCUUUGGUGUGUUGAAUUUCAACUCAUUUCAAACUUCCCAAGUCGAGUCGCUGUUUGGAAUCCUUCAAGUUGGAGAUGCUACUUUCUUGAAUCGCAAAGAAGCAGCUGGACAGACCAUUUCAAUCCCUGCCUCGUCUACUAGCGCUAUUAUCGCUUCCGGCGAUAUUAUAGUAACCGAAGAAACGGAAACAUCGUCGACGCAAACAACUUUCUCCAUUCCGUCUGGAGGCAUUUUCAGUAUGGUUGCUCCAUCUUCUGGCGGAGACAUCAGUGGAAUCGUCAGUGGUUACUUUACAACCAGCCAAACUAAAAUCACCUUCCAAUCCGGAGCAACAGUUGGUAUCGUGACUAUCCGUCCGGAUGGAACGAUGAGCGUGCAAAAUCCGGUUGUCACCAAAGUCAAGACUACCAUUACCGUUCCAGUAGGCAGUACUUACGGCUUGAUUAUUUUAUCGGCUGAAAAUGUCGUGACUGGAAUCGGAUCGACAUCUUUCACCACCCAAAACCUUUUGAUCAGCGAUUCCACUAGCCCUGACGUACCUGCCGUACUCGGCAAUUUCGGCGUGAUGUUUUUCAGCGAGCAAUUCCAACUGUCCAAAUCCAUCGUCAUCAGUUCCGCCCAAGUUUCUUCUCAGCUACAGACACUUUCCUCCAUUAUCCAGAUCGGAGUCAAGGAAAAAUUCGCAUCAGUCGCCGAUUUGUCAGUCGCUUCAGGUAGCUCGUUUGGUAUCAUACCUGCCAAAGGCCAAGGAGUAGUUACAGUCAACGAAGGAGGCUCAACAUCAACUUUCAUGGUAUUACCUGGACAGAUCUUUGGUCUGUUGAACGCUCAAGGAGCUCUGGUGACUCAAAUCGGUGAUGGAUUCUUCACAACAUCAACGACGACCAUGUCUUUCGGCUCAGGAACCAUUUACGGAGUUGUCAAAAUCGGUUUGGAUGGCUCAAUGAUUUCAACAGAAUUCACUCGUACCGCCCAGGCUAGUUUCACAGUCACUGUUGCAUCCGGCAGCACGGCAGGAAUUAUUCAACUAGCAUCCUCCAGCAGUCGUGUCAUCACCAGUAUCGGUGGAGCCUCUUUUGCCAUCAGGAUUCUUACGUCGACGACCACCAGUAGCUCAGGAGGUAGCGUGGGAAUACUGGACCUCGUAGGGUCCGUUUCCAGACCAGCUGUGCCUUCAGAUACUACAUUCCGACCUCCUGUCCCAACCCCUCAACCUCCUUCCGCCGGACCCUUCACCAUCGAUUGCUCUCUCAAUCAACUCCAUCAAUUCCCACUUGACUGCUCUCGAUUCUACCAAUGUUUUGGAGAGGACACAGAUCGGACUGUGUACAUCUUCCCCUGCGCACCUGGACUCGUCUUUGACGAAGCCACUUCCCAGUGCUUGACACCGACAGAAGGAAUUUGUGACGAUCAAAGUUCAAUCAACGAUACGGCUAGCUCUUCCCAGGGAGUUGGAGGAUUCUUCCAAAUCAACUGCUCGGGUGAUCUUUACCGCUACCCUCUCAAUUGCAAUAACUUUUAUCAAUGUUUCAAGAACGAGCAAGGCCAAGAAACCAUUUUCGUCUUCUCGUGCGCCGCUGGAUUGGUCUUUGAUGAAAAUUCUAGGACCUGUCUGUUGGCCAGCGAAACUUCCUCGUGCGCUGUCAACGACAACAUCUUCCGGUCGCCUAAUCUCGUCUUCCAGCUGAAGCAGAAAAUCGAUAUCGUUUCGCUCAUUUCUACAUCGCGAACUAUCGUCCAGCAAAAGUCGAGCAGUUCCACCAUCUCCGAAAUAUCUUUUAGUCAACCCCACCAGUCCGGAAGAGGAUCAACCAAACGGAAAAUGGGUUAUGAAGGAGAAGCUGAUCGACAGGUUGGACAGCGCCGGAUCAACACCGACAGCCGGAAAGGCAAAGAGUCUAAAUCGACAGCAGCAACGACGGUCACGGGUAACUUUCGACCAAGACUCUUCGACUCGGGAGUUUACGGCGUCCGCAUCAGUCCGCUUUCCAAAAGCCUUUUCGGCCAAAGCAAGACCAAUUAAAAGAUUUUAUCCAACAGAAAAAGUAGAAAUGUAACCCGAGUUUUUAUAUUUUACAUAGUUUUUUGACCAAAUUUGAGAACGAUAAUGAAAAAAAAAAAAUUGAAAUUUUAUUUUGCCUGUACGUUUCGGAAAGUUUUUUUGUCUAUAUAAUGCCAUUGUGUGAGUUCUGACCGAUUGUCGGUCCCGAUUGUUUCGGCGUGAAAUGAAAAUCUGGAAAUACAAAUUCACGGACACGA